CCGGCGAAAUGAGCGUCACCUCCUGGUUCCUGGUGAGCAGCGGGGGCACACGUCACCGGCUCCCUCGGGAGCUCAUCUUCGUGGGGCGCGAUGAGUGUGAGCUCAUGCUUCAGUCUCGCAGUGUGGACAAACAGCACGCCGUCAUCAACUACGACCAGGACAGGGAUGAGCACUGUGUGAAGGAUCUGGGCAGCCUCAAUGGGACCUUUGUCAAUGACGUGCGCGUCCCAGACCAGAAGUACAUCACGCUGAAGGUCAAUGACGUUAUCCGCUUCGGCUACGACUCUAAUCUGUAUGUGUUGGAGCGGGUGCAGCACCGCCUUCCUGAGGAGGCCCUCAAGCAUGAGAAAUACACCAGCCAGCUGCAGCUGAGCGUGAGGAGUACCCCGCCCAAGAAGGGUGAGCCCCUGCCUGACCACACUCCAUACUGCGAGGCCUCAAACCCCAGGCUGGAGAAGGGGGAGCGGAGGCCAGGUCCAGAGGCAGUAACCUACCGCACGCCCCUGUACGGACAGCCAUCCUGGUGGGGCGAGGAGGAUGUCGGCCACCGGCCAGAGGACCGGAACCAGGGGGAGCCAGACUCAGAUCCUGCCCGUGGCCCUGCACAGCAGGAUGGGGAGCUCCGGGGCCCUCUGGCUGGUCCCCGGGCCACUGUGGGGCCACAGGGCUAUGCAUUCCGCCGAGAGCCCAGUUACUUCGAGAUCCCCACAAAGGAGUCCCCUCCACCGCCGCCACCACCACCACCACCACCGCCGACCACUCAGUCCCCUGAGGUGCCUGCCCAGGAGGUUCCCACCAAGGAGCCUGCACUGGGCGGGGCCGGGGUGGCGCCUGCUGUGCAAAGCCACGCCUCCUUCACCAUCGAGUUUGACGACUGCAGCCCAGGCAAGUUGAAGAUCAAGGACCACGUGACCAAGUUCACGCGGCGCCAGCAGCGCCCCCCGGGCAAGGAAGCCACACCUGCUGAGAUGGUGUCUGCCCAGACCAAGGUGGCCGACUGGCUGGUGCAGAACGACCCAAGUCUGCUGCGCCGGGCCGGCCUGGGGCACGAUGGCCACAGCACCAAGAGUGACCUGCCUGUCCACACUCGUACACUCAGGGGCCACAAGCACCAAGACGGCACGCAGAGUGACUCCGAGGACCCGCUGGCGGUGGCGGCAGCGGCUGCUGCGAACGGGAUGGAGGCCAGCGGGGAGCAGGCGCGGCUGCAGCGGCAGAUUAAGCGCGACCCCCAGGAGCUGCUGCACAACCAGCAGGCGUUUGUCAUCGAGUUCUUCGACGAGGACACGCCGCGCAAAAAGCGCUCCCAGUCCUUCACGCACACUCCGCCCCCAGACCCCAAGGCCGACAAGCGCCUCCGCGCGCCCGGCGCCACCGACGGGCCGCCCUUGGGGGCCAGCCCCGAGGUGCCCCCGCUUCCCGCCGACCCCCAGCUGACCAAGGGGCACAGGCCAGAGGAGGAGGACAGUCUGAGCGACGCGGGCACCUACACCAUCGAGACUGAGGCGCCAGACCAGGAGGUGGAGGAAGCACGCCGGAUGAUCGACCAGGUCUUUGGAGUGUUCGAGUCUCUGGAUCCGCCCCAGGUUACCUUCCGCCCAGUCAUCAGAGAUGAUAAAGAGGAGGUGGCAGGUGCAGGGGUGGCCCAGCACCUGGUUCAGCUGCAGGAGUUUGGGUCCCGGCUAGCAUCAGGCGCACAGGCCAGGCACCAGGGCCAGCCAGCCCCUGGCUCCCCAGGGGCUCAGAAGUGGGUAUCCCGCUGGGCCAGCCUGGCUGACAGCUUCUCGGACCCAGGCCUGGCAGAGGACAGCCACCAGACCAUGGAGCCUGAGGUGGCCCUGCCCUCGCGUACACGCCGCCUCCUCCCACAGCUGCCCAGCGAGCGGGUGGACAACCCCGCAGGUCCUGAGGCCACCAGAAAGGCUGCUCCCGGCCCGCCUGAAUCUGGCAGUGAGCAGGCCUGCCCAUUCAUUGGCCAGGAGGAGCUGGACCCAGACAGUCUCAGUGACGCCAGUGGGUCAGAUGGCGGCUGGAACCCUGAGCCCAGCAAGGGUCAGCUGCCCGAAGGACACAGGGGCCUUACAGAGGUGCCAGCAUGGACAAGGGGCCAGUACUCCCCCUGGACUCCGGGGGAGCCAGCCUCCACCUCUUUCUUCAUCGGGGACCAGAACGGAGAGGCAACGGCUACCAAGAAGCCGUUUCCAGCACCCGGGGAGGCGCCUCCCCAGCGGACAGCCCUGCCCAGCGUGCCAUCCCCAGAUGGUCUGUACGUCAGCACCAGCGGCAAGAUGGUCAUCCAGCUUUGCACCCGGCGCUCUCCAGAGCCUGCAAGCCCUGGCUCAGCAAUGCCCAAAGAGGGACUGGCCUUCAUCCGGCAGGAGAGCUUCACCAAGGAGCCGGCCAGUGGUCCCCCGGCCCCUGGCAAGCUCCCCCACAUCUCCAGCCACCCACUGCUCCAGGAUCUGGCUGCUGCCCGGGCCGCCCGUACGGACCUCCACACCCAGGACACCCACCUGAUCCUGAAGGAGACUGAGACAGCACUGGCAGCCCUGGAGGCCCAGCUACUGUCCAAGUCUGCAGAGGCCCAGUUGGAAGGUGGCAGUCCUCCCAGGCCACAGGAGGACUCACUGUCCGGGGACUCCGACAUGGACACAGCCAGCAUGGGCAGCCUGCUCAGUGGCAAAAAUGGGUCCAGCCCGACCACCCCACAGCCAGGUAGAUCACAGAAGGACAAGCCGCUGGCCACUCAGGACCUGGGGGUCUCCACCCUGAGUAGCACCCACGGGCGGCUCUCUGAGAAGCAGUGCCGCCCACCAGGCCCAACAGAUGCUGGUCGAGCAGAGCUGACCAGGCGUCUGUCCAUGAGGCGUGGACAUGGGCCCCACGGGUCCCUGGACUGGCCACGUGAGGAGCGCGGCUCCAGCCCUAUCCAUGCACCAGUCUCAGACACUGGGGGCUCAGACCACGAGCUGCCUGUAGGCACCAGGCAGGGACGGCCAGGCCCUCGGCGGAAGCCAGCGGCCCCUCUGCCAUCCCCAGCCGCCCGGGAGGAGCAGGGCCGAGUCCCUAGCAGCUCUCAGAAGGGGCCGCACAUGCUGACCCGCUCCAACAGCCUGUCUACGCCACGGCCCACGCGGGCCUCGCGUCUGCGGCGCGCUAGGCUGGGCGACACCUCAGACACAGAGGCCGCUGACAGUGAGCGGGGCAUCCCCGUCAACCCUGAGCCCACGAGCCGCCCAGCUGCAGAGCAGACCAAGAAGCUGUCUCGGUUGGACAUCCUGGCCCUGCCACGGAAGCGGGCCGGCUCCUUCACAGGCACCAGUGAGACCGAGGCUGCCCCGGCCCGCACGGGCUUCUCCGGCCGGAGCGCAGAAUUCUCCUGCAGCAACCGCAAGUCCAGCGUAGCUCGAAGGGCAGCAGCCACUGUUGCCUCAGCCUCCACGGCCUCUCGCCAGCCCUUCAGCAGGGCCCGCCCAGGCAGCGCCCGUUACCCUUCCUCUAACGCGCGCCGCCGGCAGCAGGGCUCUGAUUACACGUCCACUUCGGAGGAGGAGUGCGGCUCCCCCAAACACGCCCACGCCCAUACCUCUACAGCCACGCAGACCCCACGGGCCAGCAGCAACGGCCACUCCAGGGCCCGGGGUGGCCCCCGGGGCACAGACGACGAGGCAGACCCCUACGGCUUCAUCGUGCAGACCUCUGAGAUCGCGGAGAUUGCCAGGCUGAGCCAGACACUGGUGAAGGACGUGGCCACGCUAGCCCGGGAGAUCCAUGACGUGGCUGGUGAUGGUGACCCUCUAGCCUCCUCCGGGCCCACCCACAGCCCCUCCCUCAGCAAUGUGCCCAGCACGCCAGCCUCUACCAUCUCCGCCCGUGAGGAGCUGGUGCAGCGCAUCCCAGAAGCCAGCCUCAAUUUCCAGAAGGUGCCGCCCCGCACCCUCAAUUCCCGGGACUUGGACCAGAACAUGAACGAGAGCCGGCAGGACCCCCUGGCCUCGAAGACCAGGCCUCGGAACCGCGAGGAGGUGAUAUUUGACAACCUAAUGCUGAACCCCGUGUCGCAGCUGUCCCAAGCCAUCCGCGAGAACACAGAGCGCCUUGUGGACAAGAUGAAGAUACUUUUCCAGAACACGGGGCACACCUGGGAGGACUUGGAGGCCAGGCUCAAUGCUGAGAAUGAAGUGCCCAUUCUGAAGACGUCCAACAAGGAGAUCAGCUCCAUCCUGAAGGAACUGAGACGUGUGCAGAAACAGCUAGAAGUCAUCAACGCCAUCGUGGACCCUAGUGGAAGCCUGGCCUUGCUGACCGGGAGCAGGAGCCCCGCAGCCCAGGGCCCACUGGCAGGGGGCCGGCUUACUGCUCAGAGCCCAUCGGCCUCCUCAGUGGAGACACUGCUGCCCGCCCUGCGGCCGAGGGGUUUCCCUCCACGACCCAGCUGCGGCGACCCCGGCCUCUUGGACCCUGUCUUGCUACCGGACACCGAGCAGUUCCUGAUCUAGGCCGGACCUUCUCAUCACCCUACAUGUGCCAUACCCUGCGGCCGGGAUGUCCACCAGGCCCGUGUGUGUGUCCCCACCGUGUCUUCAUCGCCAUCAUUCUUGUCCCGCUGGAAGAGGGUGGGCGGGGCCACAGUCGCAGCCCUCCCACCCAGUAGAGCUGGGUACCCUCUUGGCGAGGCCCCUGCUGAGUCCAGCUGCCCGAGAAAGGACGAGGCAGGCCAGAGCAGUCAGUGCCAAACUCAGAGCCAGGACCUGGGGCCCAGGAGCCAGCUCCUACCCAGUCGUCAGAGCUGUCCCCAGCCCCAGGGCCCGUCGAAAGGAAUAGCUGGGUCCCAGCUUCCUGCCUCCAGCCUUUGCCAACACACCUGCCAAACCCCAAGCUGAUUGGAGGCUGCCGAGGCCCUGUGGAGAGGGUGCUUGGGGCAGAGCACAGCCAAGCAGCCCAGAGCCAGCUCUGCACACAGGCAGGUACACACAGCUCCAGCAGGUGCUCACUGAGACACACACCUGUACACAUGCACACAACACAGUCACACAUGUGUACAUAGCAUGUGAAGACAAAAUGCACCUUAAUGAGGGCACACGUACAGACACAUGUGUCAAGACGCACACACACAAGCAAACACACUUCUAACGGGGCCCUGCUCAUAGAGACAUACUUGUACAUACGCACACAUACUUAUGGGGAC